AUUAUAGCGCCAAUCAGAUCAGACCUCGGUUUCCUAGCUGCGGUUGCUAUGUGACUCAAGAUAAACAUUCUAUCAGAAUAUCCUGGAAUUUGAUACAAAGUAGCCAGCAAAGUAGCCAGUUUAAGCUUCUCUCUUCAGAAUGAAACAUGGUAGCUAACAACUAGGCAUGUAAACCCGUGUGUAUGUUUGUAAUAUUUUGUUGGGUAGGCUACUUAUUUUUAUAUCAACUUGUUGAUAUGCUAACGAGAUGAAUUUGAUAGAAAGGAAUGCAACCAACACCUGGAAAUACACCGAAAGAUUCCCGAAUAUUCGAAGGGCUGGGAAACUUAUUCCUGUAGGUGACAGAGCUAAGACUUGCUUACAAGAAAUAUCACCCAAGCCCCAAACCCCACCAGUAGUGAGGAAGUUUCUCAACACAACACGCCCAGGUGCAGGGGCUAUCCGAGUAUUCCAUGGGAAAGCCAACGACCCUGAUAUUGCCAGUACUCUAGUUCAUGGAGUCCGUAGCCAAGCUUCUAUUUCUGGUGGAUUAUUGAUCAACCCACCACCUAAGACCAUCUAUCAACAGAGGUUACAUCAGCUCCGUGAAGCUGGGUAUUCCACCAAUCAAAAAGCCCCGCUGGGCAGGUCACAUGAUCAGAGCCCUGGUCUUCCAAAUUGGCUCGACAUUGGCAAAGCAUCAUUUGGUGUGAAAUCACCCAAAAGUGCAGCUGCAGGUGCGAUUAUCAACCCACCUAAAAGCGCGGAGCAGGUGGAGACAGAAGCUCAGGAGGGACACCAGUCUUAUAUCCACUCCCACAAUGCCUACUUUGUCAGUGAACAUGUUGAUAGGAAAUACAAGUGGAGCCGUUAUGGAAAGGACGGCAGGUUCGGAAUACCUACUCCCCACCACAACGAUGGACGCAGUGUCUCCAAAUCUCUCCACUGGUUGUGUGAUACUCAGAAGCAUAACAGUGCUAAGUUUGUUUCUCAGAGAUGUGAUGACUUCAGGGAAAGGACACAGCCACAGGUUGGCAAAGUGCAUGACCCCAUAGCAGACACAUUGAAAGUGCCAGCAAGUCAUACAUUUGGAAUCUUGAUGCGGCCAGAUGACUUUGGCGCGGGUGACCUUCUCCACUCCACCCCUCCAGAAGAGUACCAGAGAGGCACAGACAGACAGCGCACCCUGGUCAGUGCUGUACGCCAGCACCUCAAGAAGGUCAACUUCCACCACUUUAACUCCCUGCUGCAGGCCUUCAGGCACUACGACAAGAAGGGUCAGGGUGUGAUCGACAGGGAGGACCUGCAGGACGUGUGUCGUCAGUUUAACCUGGACCUGAGUGGGCCGGUGCUGGAUGACUUGAUGGAGUACUGUGACGUGGACAAAGACGGACUCAUCAACUUUCUGGAGUUCGCCAACUUCCUCAACUGGAAGGACAAAAUGCCCAUCAGUAAAGUGGAGCAGUGCAUUCUGACUAGUGAGCGUAAGACCAGCACAGCCCCAGAUAACAUGCAGAGAGAGGCUCUCCCUGUGAGACCUGCAGCCUUGGAGGCUUUGGCCAGACCGGAGGACCUGGAGCCUGCAGAAGUGGGCAGCAUGCUGAAGACCCCCAAGACCCUCAGCAGACCCAGGACCGUCCAGGACCGCUUCGUCACCUCCUCCUCUCUCAUCCGGGCUGUCGUCGGUGGUCUCCCUACAACCAGUCAGUUGUGGUUGUGUUGUCUUGUAACACUUCACUGCCCAGACUAUCGUAUGUACGGGACCCCCACAGUGCGCACCGACCUGGCGGCCCCGCGGAUCAAGCGUGUCAGCGACAGCACUAACUACGGUGACCAGACCACGGCCUUUGACCUCCUGUAUCCCACGCUGCACUCCCUAAGGGGAGUCCACAAGGAGCACUUCUUCUGCCCCCGCACCAAAGAGGAGAUCGCUGAAAUAUUCCGAAAUGUGGGCGUGAGUAUUUCCAAGGAGACAUUUGAGGAGGCGUGGAAGCUGGCAUCCAUGAGACACCCCACUGGGGACGUGUGUGUGGAGAUUUUCCGGGACGUUCUAAAGGAAAUUCAAGCUAAUUCAAUCUGAACAGUAUCUUUUACCUCCUCAGUAUCUAUUCCGUGAAAGAAUGUACUUCAAGUAUUACAUUUACAACACAAGUGUUAUACUUCUUUUUUUUCUUUGAGACUAACUAUUGUUAUAUUAACUGUCAUUAUCAUUAUUUUUGAUUGUUGACUGUAAUGUGUUUUCUUAUGUUGAGAGCAAUAAGCUGUUGCUAGAAUAAGGAAUGCUUACUCUUCCUGCAUGUGAUAAUAAACAGUUUCUACUCCUGAAACCUAAGUAAAUAUUGAGAAUUAUGAGUACCA